AUGUCCAGAUCCGGGGACCGGACCUCCACCUUCGACCCCAGCCACAGCGACAACCUGCUGCACGGCCUCAACCUGCUGUGGCGGAAGCAGCUGUUCUGCGACGUGACCCUGACGGCGCAGGGCCAGCAGUUCCACUGCCACAAGGCCGUGCUGGCCUCCUGCUCGCAGUACUUCCGCUCGCUCUUCGCCGGCCCCCCGCCUCUCGGGGGAGGGGGCGUCGGCCAGGACGGCCUGGGGGCCCCCAAGGACCCGCCGCAGCCGCCGCAGCCGCCGCAGCAGCAGCCGCCGCCGCCGCCGCCGCCGCCGCCGCAGGAGGAGCCCGGGACGCCCGCCUCCUCCCCCGACGACAAGCUGCUGGCCAGCCCGCGGGCCAUCAACAACCUGGUGCUGCAGGGCUGCUCGUCCGUCGGGCUGCGCCUGGUGCUCGAGUACCUGUACACGGCCAACGUGACGCUGUCGCUGGACACGGCGGAGGAGGUGCUGUCGGUCAGCAAGAUCCUGCACAUCCCGCAGGUGACCCGGCUGUGCGUGCAGUUCCUCAACGACCAGAUCUCGGUGCAGAACUACAAGCAGGUGUGCCGCAUCGCCGCGCUGCACGGCCUGGAGGAGACCAAGAAGCUGGCCAACAAGUACCUGGUGGAGGACGUGCUGCUGCUCGGCUUCGAGGAGCUGCGCGCGCUGCUGGACGCGCUGCCGCCGCCCGUGGAGUCGGAGCUGGCGCUCUUCCAGAUGGCCGUGCUGUGGCUGGAGCACGACCGCGAGGCCCGCAUGCCGCACGCGCCCGACCUCAUGAAGCGCCUCCGCUUCGCGCUCAUCCCGGCGCCCGAGCUGGUGGAGCGCGUGCAGCCCGUGGACUUCAUGCGCAGCGACCCCGUCUGCCAGAAGCUGCUGCUGGACGCCAUGAACUACCACCUGAUGCCCUUCCGCCAGCACUGCCGCCAGAGCCUGGCCAGCAGAAUUCGCUCUAACAAGAAAAUGCUGCUAUUGGUCGGAGGCUUGCCUCCCGGGCCGGACCGCCUUCCCAGCAACCUGGUUCAGUACUACGACGACGAGAAGAAGACGUGGAAAAUCCUCACCAUCAUGCCCUACAACAGCGCCCACCACUGCGUCGUGGAGGUGGAGAACUUCCUGUUCGUGCUGGGCGGGGAGGACCAGUGGAACCCUAAUGGAAAACACAGUACCAAUUUUGUCAGUCGAUACGACCCCCGCUUUAAUAGCUGGAUACAGCUUCCACCCAUGCAAGAGAGAAGAGCCAGUUUCUACGCAUGUCGGCUGGACAAACAUUUAUACGUUAUUGGUGGAAGGAAUGAAACCGGCUAUUUGUCCAGCGUGGAGUGCUACAACCUAGAAACAAACGAAUGGCGUUACGUGUCCUCUCUGCCGCAGCCUCUGGCAGCUCACGCAGGAGCAGUGCACAAUGGGAAAAUAUACAUUUCAGGGGGUGUCCACAAUGGAGAAUAUGUCCCGUGGCUAUAUUGCUAUGACCCUGUGAUGGACGUCUGGGCUCGCAAACAAGAUAUGAACACAAAACGCGCCAUCCACACGUUGGCUGUCAUGAAUGAUCGCUUGUAUGCAAUUGGAGGAAAUCAUUUGAAAGGCUUCUCCCACCUCGAUGUCAUGCUCGUGGAAUGCUAUGACCCCAAAGGUGACCAGUGGAACAUUCUCCAAACUCCCAUCUUGGAGGGUCGCAGCGGCCCUGGCUGUGCAGUGCUUGACGACAGCAUUUACCUCGUGGGAGGCUACAGCUGGAGCAUGGGGGCCUACAAGUCGUCCACCAUCUGCUACUGCCCGGAGAAGGGCAGCUGGACGGAGCUGGAGGGGGACGUGGCGGAGCCCCUGGCAGGCCCCGCCUGCGCCCCGGUCAUCCUGCCCGCCUGCGUCCCUUACAACAAAUGACGCCAGGAAGCCCCGGAGUGACGGAGUGACGGCGCCCCGCUCUGGGAAACAGCGACAGGUGACACCACGACUGCACGAGGAGCGACGCCUUCCCAUGGUCGCCGAUGCUGUGUGCGCACCUGCAAGAGAGAGAGACCUGCUCUGAGCAGAUACUGUGUCUGUGACUCGCCUCACCACCCACUCCCGGUGGUGACAGACGCUUCCACUUCAGACUGGUUUGAACUUGUCCCAGCUUGACAGAAACGCCCCCCACCCCCACCCCGAGGAUCUGAACCUUCCAAAGGAGAAAGGACACACACAGACGAGCGCCCGAGAGACCGGCCAUCGGUGUUGUGCGUUGUAGUCUACCUGCAUGUGGUCUUUGUUGACGUUUUGGGGAUAUCGUGUUCAUGAAUGACUCAGAAUGGGACCCACUAAAAUCCGCACCCUGCCUUCCAGGCACUGCCACUGGGUUCCAUGUUCCUAACCUGUGGCUCCGCCACAGACUCCCUAGGCAACACGGUGGCAGGAAAUCCUGGCAGGCUCAAGAGCAGCACUUCUGUUCCUGUAGAACCUGAUUGCAUACACCGUCUGCCCCUGCCAGCCUCGGGGAGGAGAGAGGAGAGGAGGCUGGCUCUGGUGGCAUUUCCGCCCUGGAGGCUCCAUGCUAGCCAAAGUCAUCGUUUCUGUGUCCUCAGUUUUGUCUGAAAGA